CAGCAUCAUUCUGAUCUCUCAUCGCCAUUGCUGAAACCAGGUCUACACGACAUCCCACAACAGCUCGUCCCAACGCUAUGCAAGAUCCUGCAGUUUCCACCCAAUAUCGACCUGUGUGAGCAUGCCAAAUCAAUCCUCAACCUCGCCCGGCCACUGCCCUAUUCGCUCCGCACCAGCCGAAUUGAGAGAUUGUUGUUAUCGUCCCAAGGCCACUUGUGCCAGAUGCACAACCGCCUUGAUUAUGAGACGGUCGAGACCAUCCUGCGUAAGAUCCAAGUCGAAAUCGGACCCCGGCUGAAUGAUCUCGUGGGUCAAUGCCAAAUUCUCAGUCCCGAGCAGCGCAAUUGCAUCACACGCCUACGCAAUCUGCAUGCCUUGUGGUUGCCGCGGCGCGAGCUUGAGAUCACGUUCCUCGUGAGCGCGGACGAUGUGAAAUGGACAUACCAAGUCGAUCAGUGUGAAGCUUGCAUCAUCAGCCGUGUAGCAGGCGAUCUUUCUGUGCUGCUGGAUUUGAGAUGUGCGCUACGCUCUCGCGCCACCAGCCGGCAUGUGGCCAAGCACGGUUUGCCUCGCCUCCAGCUGUGGGUUGAGAGUUGGAUCGAACACCUAGCUGGUCAUAUAAGUGCAGCCACAGGCGUGAAUGUCGACGUGGAGGAGAUACUUACACGGAAUGAGGAGGCAGCACAGGUGCUCAAGAGAACUCGGAGCAAGGUGCACGAUAUUCGGACCAAUCAGCUCAAGAUUGUGACUGCCGGCCAGGGUGUUGGUAGCGGACAGAUGAAAGGGAAAGCCAAAACACGAGCCAACAGCGAAGACUUUGGCUCGGGAGCAGACUCGGACGACCUCAGUCCGGUCACGGCUGACCCGAGCAUGAAAGGACGAAGUCCGUAUGGACAAGCAGGUGCUCAUCGAGUGGCUGAGAAAAAUAGUCUGGACAGUGUCUAUCUUGAGGCUUUGACCGAAUAUGCGAAGGGCAAGAUGGUUGAGCCGCAGCAACCCAAUGUUGUGCUGGGGCAAAUUCCGGUGAAGGAAGCGGCGGUCUAUCAUGGGCAAGGUCCACAUCAAAACGAGCAGGAACAGUACGUUCCCCCAAGACAGAAUUGGAAGCGCAGUCCGCUGACCUCGUCAUCUGUGAAGCCGAAGUGGGAAUCGCCAAUUGCACCAAAUGACAGCUGGGUGACUGAGCGAUGCGAAAGCAACUACGGUUCACAAGUUACCUUUCAACCUCAGGCUGUUCAGCAAGCCGGUGACCAUGGAGCAAGUCAGAACCCCAGUCAACCAGCUCCAGCUCAAGUGCAACCAAGACGAAGUCCAGCAGAAACGUAUGAGAAAUUGAUCGGGCCGUACCCUACCGAGUCGACGACAUCUUCGGUUGCGGAAAUUAUUCGGUUGUACGAUCAUGCGUGUGAUCAUGCGUGUAAUCAUGCGUGUAAUCAUGCGUGUAAUCAUACUCACGGCUGCGCCGAGGGUAGUGAUAGACAAGAGGAGACUUUCGAGACGUUGCCGCAGACUACUUAUCAACCUCGACGCGUCACUGUUGCUGCUCAGAGCGCUCAGGCUUGCCCUGAGACGUUGCCGUGCACUACAUAUCAACCUCCCGCUCCAUCGCCAGCUUCAGCUCCAACUCCGUCGGCGAGUGCUGCGGCAUCAAGCUCUAGAACUACUGUUCCGCACAACGAGAGCACAGCCACGGCAAUUUUCAUUCUGGACAAUGAUGAUCUGGGCAGUCCUUCGAGAGCUGCUUCGACAUGGGGUGGGAUGCACGAGUCGCGGGUCAAAUUGCGACACGAUCUAGAUUGGUUUUACAAGAGUCGCGAAGGGCAGGAUUGAGUGUGUGUAUGUAUGUUACUCUGGGUAUAAGUUGUGACUUCUGGAGUUUGGAAUUCGGCUGAGAUAGUUUGCAGUUCCAU